GGUUCGUGCUUCAUCCACAUUUUUGCCCUCCUCCCCCAGCAUUCCUUUCUUAAUAUCGAGAUUUGAUCUCCCCGCUUCUGGCGUGGGGUGGAUGCUUCUGCUUCGAUAAGCUCAAGCUCAAUUGAAGCUCAUUCACCACCAUCAUGGGGGGAUCUUCGCCUCCAUUCCUUUACGGCGCGCCCUCCGCCUACAGCUUCCAUGGCGCGACAGACAAUCCUUUCAAUCCGAAAGCUGUGACCCAGGCGAGCUGGACUCGUCCAAAGCCAAAGCCGCAGCCUACGGGGCCGUUGGUCAAUUUCAACAGACAUCCUGAUUCGUAUAACAAUAUCCCCGAUGGAAAGUCUAGAUGGACUCCUAUGAGUCGCAAGACAAAGCCGAGAGUGAUCGUUACACGGAAGGUACAACUUGGACUGCGCGUGUUGACGUUGCUUGGAGCGCUCGGGUCUCUGUUCUGCGCGAUUGUCAUCAAGAAUGCAGCUGUCAGCGUCAUAUGGAUCGUCCGGGUCGGGCCUGCCGUCGCAAUCCUGCACACCCUCUACGCCAUCUACCAUCUAUGUCACUCCGCUGUCUCCAGACCCCCCGGCUCCCAGGCGAGCUACAUGGUGUUCGCCUCGACUUUGGAUCUCGGACUUGUCCCGUUCUACGUUUUCACCGCAUUCCUGGCGUACAAGCAAUACACCGAGAAUGAAUACCACUGGACCACCAUGCUUAGCUCGGAUUUCGAUGUCACGACGACAAUCUCCCAAGUCACAUUCAUUCUCAGCGUUGUCAACGGUGGCUUCCAUCUUAUCUCCUUAGGUAUCUCGAUUUACCUAGGUGUAAUCUUCCGAAAAAUCACCAAGCUACCUCCGGACAUGAAUCCCAUGGAAGACAAUCUGACGGCCCGUCCGCAUAAGCGCACCAAGUCCGAACUUGCUGAAAAGCAUGCUAGCCAGUCUACCUUGGAUUCUGCGAUGUCCGAAGACCCUCUGAUGGGUCCUCCCCGGAAGAUGGCGUUCAUGCACACGAGAGGUCAGUCGUCUGAAGGCGGUUCCAGUCGGUUCUCGGAUGUCGCGGAGAAAAGGCACUCCCAGGUGUCCCAGCAUUCGAAUCGAUUGUCGCGUAUGGAAUCGCCUCUCCCACCGAUGCCUUUCGAACACCACGCAGAUACCACGGACUAUAUGGCGGACCGGGGCCCGGAGCAUAAUCUCGAGGAAUACGCACGGCCCACGUCCACGGUGCGGCAUGGCACUCCGGUGCGCGAGCCCUCGCCCGCCUUUCCUAACAGAUCUCAAUGUGUGAGCCCUGCUUCAGACAACUGGGUCGCCUAUUCGGACCGGUCUCCCUCGCCAGUCGACGUCGCUGAGAACGAGCCUCAUGCCCACGCCCCUCGAGACCCAUCUUCCGUUUAUAGCAGAGGAACUGCCUCCGGUGGAUCGAACGGCGGAGCCACGGGCUGGAUAAACCCCGGCCAGCAGCAUGGAUGGAACGUUGGUGAGACAAUCCAGGAAGACGCUCAUGGCGAAUACGAGUCCCUCCCUGUCCACGAAUAUUACGGUACCGACGACUACAACGAUGACAUGCGACAGCCAACCCGAUUCUACGACAACGCCGAACAAGACAUCGGCGACCACAACAUCCAAAUCUUCCAAGACCACGCCGACCACGACGACCUCUACGAUGACGACCAUCAAAACUCUGACCUGCGAGUCAACCCGCUCGCCCUCAAUCCACCCACCCCACAGCCCAUCCUCGAUGAAACACCCGACCACCCGCACAAUGUCUCAGCUCGCAUGGCUCUCGCCGACAUCCCCAAUCUAUCUCCUACACCCCCCGUCUCCGCUCCGGCCACCGACACCGUGAGCCCAGAGAAGAACAGCCGAUUCUACGGCGAGCUCGGCGAGGACAACACCUUCGGGCUGAAUAUCCCCCGCAACAUCAGCGGCCACAAGGAACCCCCCUCCUCCGGGGCUGGUAUAUGGGGCAAGAAAGCAAAGACCCCGAAGAGCACGCCUAAAUCCCCAAAGGCCAACGCGUACGGCGCUCUCAAGCAGCACGACGACGAAACCGACCCUGUCACCGGUGAACCCCUUGCCGUUCCUCCUGCCACCACCGACGGCGACCGCAAAGGCCGAGUCGUCAGCAACUCGGGAGCCGAUUUCGGUCGUCGCGUCGGCCAGGGUGCCUCGUUGUCCUAUGGCAACUACAUCGCGGGUCUAGGCGUCGGUCGAAGACGCGAUGUCAGCGGAAAAGUUGCCGAGGAAGGCCGAGGCGGUGUUGCCCAGCCUACCAACAGCAACAAUGAGGCUUCGCCUCGAGCUGCCGGAUGGGCUCGGUUUGCAGGUCUUUGAUUGACAUUGGUUUUUCUUUUUUCUUGAAAUGAUGGAAAACUUUACGGGCCAGUUUUGAAGAUUUACGAUUUGAUUUGAUGUAAUGCUCGAUUGACGGAUUGAUUGAUUGAUUGGCUAUGCUGGAUUCAUGUUACGAUUGUUCUGUGGAUUUAUCUUUUUGCAUUUUUGAUUUCCUGUGAUACUCCUACCCCUUUGUUGUCUAUUUUCAUGUUCUCUGGCAUCUCAUGUAUGUAUGUAGCUCAAUGUCAACACCUCACUUCAUGUAGAUGGUGUCUGUAUCUACUCAGGAGAUUUAGCACCAAUGAAGCAGCCCUUAAUCCUUAUGUUAGCUUCAAUGACUCAGCUCGG